ACACUAAAAAAAUUGUGUAAGUAAAGUAUUCAGAUAAAUUUUUGUCAAUUGUACCAGACAUUCUGUACACACACGCAUAUGUAUAUAUAGGGUGUUUCACAUAAAGUACGUAUUACAAAGUGUUUUCUCCGAAACUUGACGUCGUAGAAAAAAAAAUGUUUUAGACAAAAUUUAUAGAGUUUUGAAAGAAAAAAAUGUUGGUAAUAUUGAAUUUUAAUUAAUAAGGCUAUCUUUUAAGAUCAUGUAAAGGUGAAUCUAGGUUUUUUUAAAUGGAACCAUCCUAAUUUUUUUAUACAAAUCGGUUCCUCGCAAAAUUCGGUGUAAAAUAUUAUAAAGGUAAGAGGCCAAAAAUAGUUUACGAAAUAUUUUAUACUUUAAUUUGACAUAAUUUUACAUAAACUAUGAAAUAUCUCAUAAAAUAUUUAUUUUUCGAUUAUCUUGCCUUAAUAUUUUUAUAUACAUAAUAAUAAGUGGAGUAAAGAGAAAACACAUCAUCGUUUAAAAAAAAAAUAUAAAUUUGCAACGAGCAGCUACACCCUGUAUAUACAUCAAGCUUUAUAGUAUGAAGAUAUAUAUACAUAUAAUCGCUUUCUAUGCAUCUAUAACAGGAUGGAUAAUGCAAAUGAAUGGUUUCCUUUACAUAACGCGACGCUGGGAAGAGGAUCGAAGGCGAUUGUCGCGUACUCUCGAUUAUUUGAUCGCAUUAGAUAGUCGCACACAGUUGUUGAUAUUUCCCGAGGGCACUGAUUUGACAAAGAGCAGUAAGGAGAAGUCGGACAAGUAUGCCGUGCAGCAUCAUUUACCACGAUAUACAUAUACUCUGCAUCCGAAAACGACAGGUUUCGCUUAUCUCGCCCAACAUCUUCAGCGCGCGAAUUAUCUCGAUGCUGUUUACGAUUUAACAAUAGCGUAUCCGGACUACAUACCACAGUCUGAGAUCGAUCUGAUCAGGGGUAAAUUCCCGGAUGAGGUGCACUUUCAUAUAAGACGAAUAUCAUCCGCAGAUAUACCGAUGCACGAUUUGACUUUAAGGAAAUGGCUGGAAAACAGAUGGUCUGAUAAGGAAGGGAUAUUGAAGCGAUUUUACGAACAGAAAGCAUUCUCCGCCGAAAUAUGGCCGAUAAAGAAAACGCUACCGUUACAAGCCGCAUUUGGAUUCUGGAGUAUAUUAACAGGUACGUUCUCUUGAUAUGCAUAUCUGGAUCUUUCACU